AUGGAGUGUACGCACCCCAUUCAGGUAACGGGUCUCUGUGCCUUAUGUGGCAAAGAAAUUGACGAGAACACAUUUGGGCAGCCCACCUUCGCCACCUUGCAUUCUUCCGCGAAUGUGAAAGUGUCGCGCGAAGAGGCCAUUCGUAUGGAUACAGAAGAUAUGAGACACCUAAUUGAGAUGCAAAAGCUUGCGUUGAUCGUGGACUUAGAUCAGACGAUCAUUCAUGUCACAGUUGAUCCUACCGUGAAGGAAUGGGCACAUGAUAUCCACAACCCAAAUUGGCAGGUGCUCAAGGACGUGCGAGCAUUCCAGCUUGGCUCGGACGGUGUAACCGUGUCUCAUCCCCCUGUGCAUUUGGACGAGAAUAAUGUGACAAGUUUUGCCACGGAUGGUGACGAGGAUGGAUGCUGGUAUUAUGUCAAGCUUCGUCCUGGAUUGUCAGACUUUCUUCAAACGAUGGCAAGCAAAUACGAGCUGCACGUCUAUACCAUGGGAACACGAUCCUACGCAGACUGCAUAUGCCGGAUAGUCGAUCCGGACGGACACCUGUUUGGUGCGCGCAUUUUGUCGCGUGACGAAAAUGGCAGUGAUAUGCAAAAGAGCCUGGCCCGCCUAUUCCCCAUCAGCACAGAUAUGGUUGUCAUUAUUGAUGAUCGCGCUGAUGUAUGGUCCUGGAGCCCAAAUCUGAUCAAAGUCGAGCCAUAUGAGUUUUUCGUGGGGAUUGGUGAUAUUAAUGCUGCCCACUUGGGUCCCCACCAGCCGCUUGCCCCGGCAACGAACGAAAAACAGGAUGCGAAUCCGCAUGGAUUAUCGGAUGAAGAACACCAGCGAGCUAUUGCUGAGCAAUGCGAUGACCGUCCGCUACAACGUGCAGCGGAGGAAAAGCAGAAGAAAGAUACAGAAAACACCAUCAUCGAGCCAGAACAGGUUUUGACGGAUGAAGAUACAGAAUUAGAAUUGAUUCAAGCACUAUUGCUUGAGAUACAUCAGCAGUGGUACAGCGCGUACUCAUCUCGCAAGGCAGAAGAAAAGAGACCAGAUGUGACCCAGGUCAUUUCGCAAAUGAAAAGCGAAGUGCUUCGUGGAUGUGAGCUGGCUUUUUCUGGACUUAUCCCGCUGCAUGAGGCGCCAGAGACGACUAUGAUAUGGCGAAUGGCUGAAGAGUUUGGUGCCAAAUGUCACCGCACACUGACAUCCGAUGUCACGCAUCUGGUUGCUACGAGCGCGCGCACAGCCAAGGCCGAGCAAGCUUAUCGAACCAAAAAGAUCCAUGUCGUAUGGCCUUCAUGGCUGAACGAUUCCAUGUGCCGCUGGGUUCGACAGGGCGAAGUGGCCUAUGCCAUCCCUCCGGACACACAGAACCUGAUUUUUCCUGAGCCAGAAGAAGAGGAUGAGAGCCAAGGUGCGGAGAUCAACCUCGCAGACAUGGAUUGGGGCGAUGCAGAAGAGGAAGUGGAUGCAUUUCUGGAGGAAGACGACGAAGAAGAAGAAAACAGUGAGGCACCAGAAACAGCGGAUGCGGAAACCACCAGCGGCAAACGGCAACGAUCAGGCGCAUCGAUGGGCUCUUCGACUGUGCAUCAUUUGGACGAGGACUCAGAUCAAGAACAUGCCAAUAGGAAGUGCAGCCGGCCUAACCUUUCGGAGCGCGUAAAAGCUUCACAGGACGAUGCGUUGAGGCAGCAGGACGGUGCCGAUCGUCACGAGCUGUCGGCACCGACAGAGGAUCUACUUCAGGACUUGGCUUCAGAGAUGGAGCGUGAAUUGGGCGAUUCAUAA